AUGACGGUUAUUGUAAUGAUAAUAGUAACGAUGACGGUGACAAUAACGGUAACAAUAACAGUAACCGUGACAGUAAUAGUGACGUUAACGGUUAUGGUGAUGGUAAGAGUAAUGGUAACAAUGACGGUGAGAGUAAUGGUAACUGUAACAGUGACGGUUACGGUGAUGAUGAUAGUAAUGGUAAUGGUGACAGUGACUAUUGCGGUGAUGGUAACAGUGACGGUAAUGGCUAGGGUGACGGUGGUAGAAGCAAUAACGGUAGUGGUAAAUGGUGAUUGUCAUUGUAACGGUAACGGUAACAGUAAUGGUAACGGUCUUAGUAACAGUAAUUGUAAGGUAACGGAGACGGUAACAAUGAUGGAAAUGGUGACAAUAAAGUUGACGCUGACGGCAACGGUUACGGUGACAGUAACAGUAAUGGUGACGGUGACAGUGGUGGUAAUAGUGACUGCAAUGGUAAAGGUGACGAUAACAGUGACGGUAACGAUUACAGUGAUGGUAACUGUAACGGUCAGGGUAACAGUGAUGGUGAUGGUGACGGUGACUGUAACGGAAAAGAUAAGGGUGACGGUGAUGGGGAUGGUAACGGUAAUGGUAACGAUAUCGUGGACGGUAACAGUAAUGAUAACGGUAACAGUAAUGGUAAUGGUAAGAGUAACAGUAACGGUGACAAUAACGGUUAUGGUGAUGGUAACAAUGACGGUGAGAGUAAUGGUAAUUGUAACAGUGACGAUUACGGUGACGAUGAUAGUAAUGGUAAUGGUGACAGUGACUAUUGCGGUAAUGGUAACAGUGACGGUAACGGCUAGGGUGACGGUGGUAGAAGCAAUAGCGGUAGUGGUAAUGGUGAUUGUCAUUAUAACGAUAAUGGUAACAGUAAUGAUAACGGUCUUGGUAACAGUAAUUGUAAGUAACGGUAAUGGUGAUGGUGACGGUGGUGGUAAUAGUGACUGCAACGGUAAAGGUGACGAUAACAGUGACGGUAACGAUUACGGUGAUGGUAAUUAUAACGGUCAGGGUAACAGUGAUGGUGAUGGUGACGGUGACUGUAACGGAAACGGUAAGGGUGGCGAUGAUGGGGAUGGUAAUAGUAAUGGUAACGAUAUCGUGGACGGUAACGUAACGGUGAAGAUAAUGGCAAGAGUGACGGUAAUAGUAACGGUGAUAGUAAUAGCAACAGUGACGAUAAAUGUGACAGUAACGGGUGACAGUAACGUUUAUGAUAACGGUAAAGGUAACGGUGACGAUGAUUAUAACAAUGAUGGUAACGGUCACGGUCAUGGUCACGGUAACAAUGAUGGUAAUGGUGACAGUAACGGUGAUGGUGACGGUCACAGUGACAAUAACGAUGACGAUAAUAAUGGCGGUCAUGAUGAUGGUCAUGGUGACGGAAACAGUAAUGGUGACGCUAACGGUAACUGUGACAGUAAUGGUAACGGUAACGGUAACGUUUAUUGUGACUGUAACAAUAACACUCUCAGUAAUGGUCUCGAUAACGAUUGUGGUGACGGUAACGGUAAUGGUAAUGGUAGUAAUAACAAUGAUGGUAAUGGUGAUGGUAAGGGUGACAGUAAUAGUAAAGGUAACGAUGACAGUUACGAUAACAAUGACUGUAACAAUGACAGUAACGGUCACAGCCACGGUAGCAAUGACAGUAAUGGUGACAGUAACGGAUAUGCUAACGAUCAUAGUGAUGAUAACAAUGGCGGUCAUGAUGAUGGUCACGGUGGCGGUAACAGUAAUGGUGAUGCUAAUGGCAACGGUAAAAGUAAUGGUAACCGUAACGUUUAUAGUGAUGGUAACGGUAACACUCUCGGUAAUGGUCUUGGUAAUGGUCUCAGUAAUGGUUAUGGUGACGGUAACGGUAACGGUAGCAAUAAUGGUGACCGUGACAAUAACAAUAACGAUGACGGUUAUCGUAAUGAUAAUAGUAACGGUGACAAUAACGGUAACCGUGACAGUAACAGUGACGUUAACAGUUAUGGUGAUGGUAACGGUAAUGGUAACAAUGACGGUGAGAGUAAUGGUAAUUGUAACGGUGACGGUGAUAGUAAUGGUAGUGGUGAUGGUGACGGUGACUGUUGCAGUGAUGGUAACGGCUAG